AGUCGGGCGCCGGCCUCGUGCAGCGCCGGUCGCCGCGCAUGGCCCGCGUCACCUAACGCGGCAUGCGGCCCGCGCUCGCCGCGCUCGCGGCUUGCUGCGUGGUGGCCCGCGCCGAGCUGCCAUCCGCACGCCUCGCCCCGCGCAACACCACCCCCCACCGCAUCUUACAAUGCGAAGAGGGCCUCGUGCUACCCGCCUGGCGGCCUCUCGAGGAUGUCCCCACCUUCGACCUCGCCAUCCGUGGCCUCGUCUACUUUGUCAGUCUCAUGUAUCUCUUCAUCGGAGUGUCCAUCGUCUCCGAUCGUUUCAUGGCCGCCAUAGAAGUCAUCACCUCUCGAGAAAAGGAGGUGCGCGUGCGACGGAACGGCAGUGAACAGAUCAUUGUAGUUAGAGUAUGGAAUGAGACCGUUGCCAACUUAACGUUGAUGGCAUUGGGAUCUAGUGCUCCUGAGAUUUUACUUUCUGUUAUCGAGAUAGCCGGGAAGAACUUCGAGGCCGGUGAACUCGGGCCGGGCACCAUCGUCGGCUCGGCCGCUUACAAUUUAUUUGUAAUAAUUGCUAUAUGCGUUAUGGUGAUUCCCGAUGGAGAAGUGAGAAAGAUUAAACAUCUUCGGGUAUUUCUUGUGACUGCUACAUGGUCAGUGUUCGCUUACGUUUGGCUCUACCUCAUACUAGCUGUAAUAUCACCGAGUGAAGUUGAAGUUUGGGAGGGAGCUGUUACUUUCCUUUUUUUUCCGGCGACUGUAUUAACAGCGUAUAUUGCGGACAGAAGACUUUUGGUCUAUAAAUAUUUAAAGAAAGGUUAUCGAGUGAAUGAAAGAGGAGUGAUUGUAGAAGCAGAGGGCGACGGUUCUGUUGAAAUGGCGUUGAAGCCUGGUGGUGACGAUUUUGCUUCUGAUGACGAGGAAGGAAGAGAAUUAGAAAAGUCCCGCAAAGAAUACGUUGCUGUACUAAGAGAUCUGAGAAGACAGCAUCCCGAAGAAGACUUGGAAACUGUAGAGCGAAUGGCUUUGGAAACAUUAAUGGCCCGUGGUCCAAAAUCACGAGCGUUUUAUAGAGUGGCUGCAACUAGAAAAAUGACGGGAGGAGGAGACUUUUCCCGUAAAAUAUCAGAGAGAGCUCAAAGUGACUUAAGCGAAGUAAAAGCAGAGUUACAGAGACGCGAAUCGAGUUCCCCAUCUAUCGAGAACAAAGGUCCGAAUGUCCGUUUCGACCCCGAUCACUAUACUGUGAUGGAGAACUGUGGAUCUUUCGAAGUUAGGGUGGUAAGAUCAGGUGAUUUGAAUGGGGAAAUAUCUGUCCAAUAUACAACUGAGGAUGGAACCGCGGAAGCUGGUUCUGACUACGUUGCAGCUCAAGGAUCGUUGGUGUUCAAACACGGCGAAGUUGAGAAGACCUUUAGCGUCCAAGUGAUAGACGACGACGUAUUCGAAGAAGACGAGCAUUUCUACGUGCGUUUGGUAUCGCCUCGAGGUGCUUGUUUGGCAUCGCCUUCCACGGCGACAGUGGUGAUAUUAGACGAUGAUCAUUCCGGUGUGUUCUCGUUCCCCCAAAGAGACUUUGAACUGACGGAAUCUGUGGGCACAUUUGAAUUGAAAGUUAUGAGAACGGCUGGUGCACGAGGCAAGGUGCGGGUGCCUUAUUGGACGGAAGACGGUACUGCCAAGAGUGGAGCGCAGUACGAAGCCGCACAGGGUUACGUUAUCUUCGAAAACAACGAAACUGAGAAAUUCAUCCCUCUUCACAUAAUAGAAGAAGACAGUUACGAGAAGGAUGUUCUCUUCUACGUCAACCUUGGAGAACCGGAACUGCUUGGCGGUGAGUGUCAAAAGGGUUUGUAGUCAUAAUAUAAUAUCAAAGGUUAGGUCGCUUAGUCAAUCUUUUUACUUCUUUUUUUCUAUUUUUAUACAUUAGAAUGCACUAUACAAAAAACCACACAAAAUAAGCUGAAAUAUAUUAUUAAUAAUGUAAAUAAAGAGUUCACUUAAUAAAACAAUUAACUCAUUCUUUUUAAUGAGCAUGCAUCUGCGUUAACUUUAUGCAUGCAUAAUUUAUUUUAUCGCACCAAUUUAUAUGGAUACAGUCUAACUACCGGCAAGAGUACGGCCGGUGCGCGCGUGCUGACAUAUGAACGUUCACCUUAAAUAAAGAUAAAAUAUUUGUUCAAUAUGUGACGACACGUCAUCGAC